UCUUUCUUCUGUUCUGUACUAGACACUAGAGGGCUAGUUCGCACCAAGGAAGAAUUAUUGCCUGGUGUUCUUGAAUCUUCCUCAACUCAUCGAUUCGAUCGCGCCGUCUGAAGGGUUUCAUCCGAAUCCCGGUUCCAUCGUGGUUCAUCCACUCGCUUCGCCUAUCGCCCAUCCUCGUCGAGAGGCCCUCGAGGCUGAGGCUAAAGCUCGGGUGGACCCAUGACCUCACACAGAGCGAGGUCCUUGAAUGACUGAUCUAAUCGUCAGCUUGGUUCAAAGCGUAGUUGAGUCUUGGGUAUUUAAGAUGCCUCGCACACGCAGGCGAGCACGCUCUCCUACGCCAGAGCCACACCCCUCUACCAAUAGCCACGAAACCCCCGCGGUGGAAUGCCCUUCUAAUUCAGCUCAUGCCCAUGUCCAACACUCCUCCCCCAGUCACCAUUAUGCCACGGCCAAGCGUCGGAGACUAGACCACGAUGUGGUGUCCUCUUCUUCCACGGCCAAUCAUACCAAUGCCAAUCAUCCGGCGGGCACGAGUAAUAACGUGACAUCCACCACGGCCGAUUCAGGCCAUCAUUUGGGUGUGUCCAAUCAUGCUAGUUCACAACACUUAGGGGGUCGUCGCGACUCGCCGACUGGGGGCCCGUCUUCUUCCUCCCGCAAGCGCAACUCGCGCAGGCACAGCUCCAAGCGACACCCGUAUUACAGCAAGCCCAGUAGUAGCCAUUACAUUCACCGCAGCCACAACAACCAUUUUGAGCCACCCCCAUCAUCCCGGUCGUCUCGUCAUCAGAGCUCUCGACAUCGCUAUCCAAGCUCACGAGCCUCCGUCAAGGUGAUCGAGGACGAUGAGGAUGGACACUUGGUGUACUCCAAUGGCUAUGUCAUCCAAAAUCGAUUCAAGAUCUUGUCCACGUUGGGUGAAGGCACCUUUGGCAAGGUGGUCAAAGUCAAAGAUCUCUACAAGAAUGAGGUGGUGGCGUUGAAGAUCAUCAAGAACGUGAAAAAAUAUCGGGAGGCAGCCAAACUGGAAAUCAAUGUCUUGGAAAAGCUCGCCAAGUACGACCCGAAUGGCAAGUAUCGAUGCGUGCAGUUACUGGAUUGGUUUGAUUACCACGGUCACAUGUGCUUGGCCUUCGAGAUGCUCGGCUCGAGUGUGUUUGACUUUCUCAAAGACAACAAUUACGAGCCCUAUCCCAUUCAGCAGGUCCGGCAGAUGGCUUACGAGUUGUGCUACGCGGUCAAGUUCAUGCACGAUAAUCGCCUCACCCACACCGAUCUCAAGCCGGAGAACAUAUUGUUCUUCGACUCCAGUCACGACAUGACCUUUGACGCGAAACGGAAGCAGGACAUACGGCACCUCAAGAACGCCGAGAUCCGCUUGAUUGACUUUGGGAGUGCCACCUUCGAUCACGAGCAUCAUUCAACCAUCGUGUCCACGCGGCACUAUCGUGCUCCCGAAGUCAUUCUCGAGUUGGGUUGGACUCAGCCCUGCGAUGUGUGGUCGGUGGGCUGUAUCAUUUUCGAGUUGGCUUUGGGGAUCACCUUGUUUCAAACCCACGAUAACAAAGAGCAUCUAGCCAUGAUGGAGCGGAUUUUGGGGCCUUUGCCGGAACGGAUGGUGGCCCGUACGAGAGUGAAAUAUUUCUCUCACGGCCGAUUGUGUUGGGAUGAAAAGAGCUCGGCAGGGCGCUAUGUGAGGGAGCAUUGCAAGCCUUUGCACAGAUAUAUUCCAAAGAAUAGCACCGACAUCGAGGAUUGGGAGGACAUGUUUGACUUGAUUAAGAAAAUGCUCAUUUACGACCCAGAGAGGCGUCUCACGCUCAGAGAGGCUCUGAGACACGCCUUUUUUGCUCCAAUGAAAAACGUGGCUGGGGGUUAUAGAAAUGCGGCGGAUAGCAGUUCGGCUUCUAGGUGAUAACUAGCUCCAAGUGGAGAGAGUGUUAACAAGCGAAAAAAGAGAGUUUCAAAUGGGCGCAAACGAAAUGUGUGGCUUGUGCUCAGGUUUUCUCUCUUCUCGCGAAUGUUGUGUGAAUCUUCAGUUUUUAAAGUUCGCUUUAAUGCAUUAUUAAGUGCUCCAGAAGUUGGGGAGAAGGAGAGAGCAAGAGCGAGAGGGCUUGCAUCGUUUGGAUCAGUGAUUUAUUUGAAAACAGUGUCAGAAUUGCCAUCAGGGCCUACUCGCCACAGGAUGGAGGACACAGAAAAUAAAAAUCAGCCCGCCUACUGUUGAAUCUUCUUCCAGUACGCACAAGAUUGAUCCCAUCUUUUUUUCGCUCAUUACCACAACAUAAUAACAUUUGACCUUAUACUCGAGUAACUCUGUUAUUAGUUUUAAGAAUAGUAAAAACACAAUAUUCGUCAUCUAAA